ACAGAAGUAGUCGGGAGCAGGGAUGUGCUCAGGUGGACUAACCGAGGUGGCUUGGCGCGACGGCGCGUCUGCAACUCCCGCGUCCCUCAAAGUACGGAUACGCGUUUCCACAUGUUGAACCUCACUCAGAUCAUCCUUCUAUUGCCUAGAAACAAUCGGGCGCAGCGAACUUGCUGCUCGUUUCCGGCACCAUGGACGUUGACAUUGAAGACUGGGUGCACGAUGCGAAAGAGUGCAUUGAGAUCAACUUUUUCCGCCCGUCGACCAACGCCGAACGUGUGAACAAGGAACCCCUCCAUCCAGAGUUUGCCUACUCUCUUUUUGGGGAAGAGGAAAGCAUCGUUGGUUACAGAGAUCCCAAAAUUACUCUCAACUACCGCGCAAACGACCUACAAGUGACAUUGGACAUCAAGUCGAAGGGCAAGGUAGAUCUCGCUACUCUCCUCCCGAACGCGGAGGUAAAGCAAGUGGAUAUCAACAAAGUCUUUGAAGAACACAUUUCAACGGGUAAAAUUGAGUCUACAACGAAUCGAGACCCCGAUGCACUGUCAAAUACAUGGAAGCCGCCUGGCGAGCGAUUGCGUAGCUUCGAACUGAAUGGACGACAGUACGAGAUAUGGAGCACAAGCUUGGCGGAUCUGGUUGCGCUGCAACUGUGGAAACGGAUACAAAUCUUGGUGCUUUUCUACGUUGACGGUGCAAGCCCACUAGAGCUGGACGAGGACUGGACAUACGAACGGUGGACCCUGCACUUGUUGUAUGAGGUCACCCCACUCAAGGAUGCGUCGACUUCGCCUUAUACUCUGGCCGGUUUCUCCACAUCCCACCGAUAUUGGAUUCUACCAACUUUGGAGGUCAUGCGCGCAACGCAACACCUCCCUUCACCCCCGCCGAGCAGCAACGGCGACGCUAGUGAACAGUUCCCGCCGCGAAUAGAACUGGCACAACAAGACGAGCCACGCAUCUUCAAAGAACAGGUCAAUGUCCUGGAGUUGCCGUCCCGUGAGCGGAUAUCACAAUUCCUCAUCCUCCCGCACUUUCAAGGCCUAGGCCUGGGUACACGUCUGUACCAAACCCUCUUCAGCCACUACGUCGAAGCCAAAAAUAUCUACGAGAUUCCCGUCGAGGACCCCAACGAGGACUUCGAUCGUAUGCGCGACUACUGUGACAUCCUCUACCUCCGCAAGAUCCCCGAAUUCAACAACCUGACUCUGGCAUCCUCUCUUCCCCCAGAGAAACUACACAAGAAGGCUCCGAUUCCCCGAGACGAGAUUCUCGGUAACGGCACCGAUUUGACAGCUCUCCGACACAAGGCGAAGAUAGUGCCUCGCCAGUUCGACCGCAUGCUGGAGCUGCACCUCCUCUCUACUAUACCGCCUGCGCAUCGCAGCCGCGCGCGCAUCACAAGAAAAGAAAAAGCGAGUAAUGAGAAUGAUCGCAGAUACUACUUCUGGCGCUUAGCUUUGAAGGCCCGAAUUUACCGGCAGAAUGCAGAUGUGCUUGAUCAACUGAAGGACGAACCCGAGGAACGGGUGAGUAAGCUGGAGGAUGCGGUUGAUAGUCAACAGGCGGAGUACGAGGAGAGGCUUGAGGCGCUUGAGAAGCGGCAACGCGCCGCUUCUCGCGGCACGGUCCGUUCGGAGGGUGAUAACAGUGUCCCUAAGGGGACGAAGCGGUCACGUGUGGUCGUGGAAGAUGAGGAUGAAGAUUCGGAGGGAGUUGGGUCUGUGAGUUCCAAGAAAGCACGUGCAUAGCCUGGGUUCCGGUUCGAGCUGGGGAGCAUGGGAAUGAUGAAUUGAUACCUAAGGGCGUUUGGAUGGUACUCGGGGGCAAUAGCAGGUUCCGCUUAUCAUUCUACGAAAGGCCAAAAACCUU